UCGCACGUGGAAAUUGAACCUCUCGGGCCGGAUCAGCGAGCGCUUGUUCCAUGAGGCGAUGAAGCCACUUGCGGUCGGGGCGAAAGUGUACUGAUUGUCAUUUCGACUUCUGGGAAAGUGCUCGUUCUCGUGACUGGGGUGCCCGCCUGGCACGCCGCGAGAGCUUCGAGCGCUUGCAGCACGGCGGAGGUCGUCGAUCGGUUCAAUGUAUGCGUUGGGGAGGUUCAGUAGCAAGAGACUCGAACACGUCGGGGUUUUAAGGCCAGUGACGAGGUUGCCCAGCUGCCGGGAAAUUGAGCGGAUUUUUCGUGACGUUCGCUACCCGCUUCUUCAGAUUGGAGUGUAGAGAUCGAGGAAGGCUCGAGAGUGGAGUAGAAUUCAGCGAAUUGUAGGAUGAAAACCUUCAUGAGGUUUCGAGAAGAUAUUGCCAACGCGGUGAAUUACAAAGCAGCACGGUUGAUUCUCACUCGCGUUCAUUCCAUCGCACCAGACAGUUCCGAUGACGAAUCCGAUUCAAAUGAGGAGUAUGUUCAAGCACAGAGGGCAAGGAGAGAAAAGCGACUCAUGGAGGCUAUCAAGGCUCUGAAGGAAGACGUCUAUCAUAUAAAGAAAAGAGCUGUUCGGCAGAAAAUGAAGCUGAUAGCUGCAGACGUCAUGCUAACUUCAUUAGCUCUUGGGGGAUUAUGUGCUUGGUUAGUUGUUGCGCAUAAGUGGUGGUACAGACCUUGAGCAAGAUGGUCAUCUCUUUUUCCAUAUACUGCAUUGUAGACCGUUUGACCACUCUUGAAAGAAGUUGCUUGCUCAUUCAUGGCCAAAGCAGUCGCAGCGUCAGGGCUGAUAGAACAGCCCAAUGUUUCUGAUAACCUAGACCUCAUGGACCUCGCUCCAUACAGUGGAAAUAUAUAAUCUAGUUGUCCAUGUCUUAUUCUUUCACCUGAAAUUGAUCACGACAGUUUGUAAAAACAUUGACCGAAGAUUCCUGAUGUUUGAAC